CUUGGGGCCACGUGAUCAACGGAACGCCGCCGCGCGGAAGAAGCCGGCACCCAGAGUAUCGCGAGACUCCGCCCCCUCUCUCUCUCUCUCUCUCUCUCUCUCUCUCUCUCCGCGUGCGCGCGUCGUUUACAAGGCCCAUCCCCGAGGGGGGCUUUGAGACCUCGCGAUAGAAGGGCUUUCCUUCCCGUGAAAUCUCGCGAGAGGAGCGCUCUUUCCCUUUUAUCUUCUUGGAGCCGCCAAGAUGGUAGGUGGCGAGUGAGGCGGGGGCGCCGCCUGAGGAGGCCGUUUCUCCCGACGGAGGGUGGCCGCGCGGGGACUUAGCCGCCAGGGAAUGGCGGCUGCCUCUGGGUGGGUGGGGGGGAGGUUUCUCGGGGACUUUUACUAACAGUGAACUCAAGGCCGGGCUCUGCGCUCGGAGCCCCCUUCGCCCUCGGGCUGUCCUACCUCGCAGGGUUGCUGUUGGAAAGACAACAUCCACGACGCGCUUCCCUGCCUCCUCCAGCUCAUCGGGACUGGCGCUUCUCCCCACGGCUUUCUUUUUAAGCCCCCCCGGCCCAUGGUGGGGUUGGGUUGGGUGUUGAAUGGAGCAGCGCCGCCCCUCAAAAUAUCUGUUACUGAUCUGCGCCUUUCUCAGUCGAAGGGAUAGCUGGGGGGGGGGGACGGGGCGGGGCGCCCUUUAGAUCAGGGGCUCCUAAACUCCGGACUAGAAAGUGGCUCGGGAAGUUCACUCAGGUGGCCUGCUGUACGUAGCACACCUGUAAGCAGUGGCGUAGCGUGGGGGGUGCAGGGGGGCCGGGCGCAACAUCUGGGGGGGGCGUGCUCGCACUCGCAGCUCUCUGCUCGAGUGCUAAAAUCCACAGGUUAGGGGGUGCAAAUUACUUGCCUUGCCCCGGGUGCUGACAACCCACGCUACGCCACUGCCUGUAAGAAUAAAACUUUUAAAUCGUACAGCAUCUACCACAACACUUUACCAUUGCUCCAGUGAGGAAAAAGACCAUCAUCAAGUGAGGGACCCCUGACCAUUAGGUCCAGUCAUGACCGACUCUGGGGUUGCGGCGCUCAUCUCGCUUUACUGGCCGAGGGAGCCAGCAUACAGCUUCCGGGUCAUGUGGCCAGCAUGACUAAGCCGCUUCUGGCGAACCAGAGCAGAGCACGGAAACUCCAUUUACCUUCCCGCCGGAGCGGUACCUAUUUAUCUACUUGCACUUUGAACUGCUAGGUUGGCAGGAGCUGGGACCGAGCAACAGGCGCUCACCCCAUCGCAGGGAUUUGAACCGCCGACGUUCUGAUCAGCAAGUCCUAGGCUCUAUGGUUUAACCCACAGUGCCACCCGUGUCCUGGUCUGACAAGACCCCGCAGCAAUUUUUGAGUGUUUCAUGGGAUAAAAAUAUUUGCAUAGAGGUCCAAAAGCAUUUUUUUUCUGAAGGCUGCUCCAAUGCCUUAUGUUUCUGCUCUUUGCAAUGUGUCAUACAUGGGUGUCGGCACUGUGACAGUGAACAGGUUUGCUUAGUGGACCUCUGGGGAGAGAUGCGCUGUAAUUAUUGCUUUGCCUGCUUUUAAUUAUUAUUAUUAUUAUUAUUAUUAUUUAUACCCCGCCCAUCUGGCUGGGUUUCCCCAGCCACUCUGGGUGGCUCUCAACAGAAUACUGUAUUAAAAACAUGAUAAAACAUCAAACAUUAAAAAUUUUCCUAAACAGGGCUGCCUUCAGAUGUCUUCUAAAAGUUAGUUGUUUGUUUCUUUGACAUCUGAUGGGAGGGCGUCCCACAGGGUGGGCGCCACUUCCAAGAAGGCCUUCUGCCUGGUUCCCUGUAACCUCACUUCUGGCCCUCAGAACUGGACCUCAGUGUCUGGACUGAAUAAUGUGGGUAUACUGGCAAAUAUACCACAUGCCAAAUAGGAGGCAUGACACAGGAAACUCGCACCAAGUCAGGUGGUUGGUUCAUCUAGUUCGGUUGGGGUUUUUUGGCGGGCAGUGGCUCUCCAGGACUGUGGGAGAAAUCAUUCCCAGCCCUACCUGGAGGUGGAGAUGCCAGAGAUUGAACCAAGAGCCAUUUGUGUGUGCUGUACCAUGGAGCUAUGGCCCUUCCCAUGUUGAGGUCUGAAGGGGAUUUUAGUCAUGUUUGCAUGAUUGGGAACCCUACUUUAAUCAGGAAACCAAGCUGCACAUGCAAGUGAAAGGCUGCUUCAGACCUCAGCUCAACAUGGGAAGAUCAGGAAAUGAACGGGCAGGGCUGGUGCACGUGGGGAUAUUAGAGGUUGCGGAGGGUUCUACUUCCAUAUUCAGGUGAAUGUCUGAACAUGCCUAUAUACAGUGGUACCUCAGGUUACAUACGCUUCAGGUUACAGACUCCGCUAACCCAGAAAUAUUGCUUCAGGUUAAGAACUUUGCUUCAGGAUGAGAACAGAAAUCAUGCUCUGGUGGCGCAGCAGCAGCGGGAGGCCCCAUUAGCUAAAGUGGUGCUUCAGGUUUAGAACGGUUUCAGGUUAAGAAUGGACCUCCGGAACGAAUUAAGUACUUAACCCGCGGUACCACUGUACUGUUAUUGAAUCCAAUCUUAAUAGCCUGAAAAGACUGCUGGCCUGAAGGGAUUUAUUUUAUUUAUAGGUGUACAGUGGUGCCUCGCAAGACGAAAUUAAUCCGUUCCGCGAGUCUCUUCGUCUUGCGGUUUUUUCGUCUUGCGAAGCACGGCUAUUAGCGGCUUAGCGGCUUUAAGAAAAAGGAAACAAACUCGCAAGACGUUUCGUCUUGCGAAGCAAGCCCAUAGGGAAAUUCGUCUUGCGGAACGACUCAAAAAACAGAAAACCCUUUCGUCUUGCGAGGCAUUCGUCUUGCGGGGCACCACUGUAUUUAUUUUAUUUUAUUUUACAUAGGUUUUAGUGUGGCUUAUCUUGCUAGCUUAGUAUGGCUAGCGCUAUAGCAUAUUGAUGCAUAUAUAAUAUGGUAUCCAUAUGGUGGUUAAAGUUUCAGGCUGCAGAGACCAAGGUUCAAAUCUCCACACAGCCCUGUGGCUCACUGGGUGAUCUUGGGCUGAUCACAGCCUAACGUAGACACAGGAAUUUGUGCAGAUAAAAUGAGGAUAAUGGUGUAUAUGCCAUCCUGAGGUGAGAAAAAAAUAUGAGAUUACUUAUUUACCGGUAAGCACCACUUGAAGUUAAUUAAACAGUCAAAGCACAGCAAACAUUGAAAUGCCAGUGUCUUCAGAAAAGGUAAAUGGGAAGCACACAUUAAUCAGGCCUGUAAAUCUGAUUAAGGUUCAUAAGCAACUGUUCCAAGCUGGAGAUCCCCCACUGGUGUAUUCCAGUCAUGUGUUGGUUCUUGAAACAUCAUGUUACAUUUGUUCUUCUUUCAUUGGGCACUGAUAUAACAUAUGCUGUUAUAUUGUCUUUUUCUUAAGCCUUCAAGACUGAGGAAGACCAGGAAACUGCGAGGUCACGUCAGCCACGGCCAUGGUCGUAUUGGUACGUGUAGAAGCAGCUUCCAUGUAAAACUAUUUUGCUACUUAAAUCUAUUGUUGCUUCACAGGGUUUUGGAAUCUUCUCCCCUGGUUAUCAGGUGACUUAAACCUAAAGGGGAAAAAAGCUUUUUGGUGUCUGACACUUCUAGUUUUCGGCUUGCUCCCCCGCCCCCUUUUUUUUUUAAAAAAACUCCUGAGUGUAGUUGCAUGGGAGUAAAGCAUAUGGUUUAUAAUUUUUUUAUAUUGCCUUUCAUCCAAAGAUCACAGGGCAGUUUGCAAUAUAAAAACAAAAAUAUAUAGCAUAAUUAACAAACUAAAACAAUAACACUCCCCUUCACACACACAGUUUAAAAGGCCAUAGAUGGUUUAAUUAGCCAAAAGCCUGGGAGAAAUGUUUUUGCCCGGUUCCUAAAGACAGGUAACAAAGGUGUCAGGCAAGCAGAAAAGGCCUAUUCUUGUGUUGCUCCCCUUUGGACCUCUGGCAGAGGAUGCACACGAAGGACCUCAAACGAUGAUCUGGGUCAGUUCAUAUGGGGAUAGAUUGUCCUUGAGGUGUUAGCUGCUAGCAAAGGCUAUCUUUCCAUAGCUACAGCCACUGUGCCUUUGGGUCCAGCUUGCACAUUCCAGAAUGAAUACAAGCAAUGGGGAAGAAGUUCCUUAGUACCUACUUUAUCUCAGCCAAGGUUUCCCCUUGCAAAUAUGAGGUUCAAGCUCUUUGCAGGAAAAUAGGUAACAGAGAAGUUUUAAUAAGUGUAUUUAGCAUAGCUCUUGAGUCAGAACUGUUAUGAAAUGCAACAUGGUUAUUGUAUAGAAGCAGAGAUAAAUAGUAUCAGUAGUAAAUAUAGGAUUGCUUGUUAACAAGUUCUGCUUCACUCCUUGACACAAAUGGGUUUACCAUACUUGGUGCCUAAACUUGCAUAGGUUUCCCACAUCCCUUCAGGCCUUGUUCCAAACCCAAAAUGGCAUCCACUAUAUGGCCUCUGGAGCAGUUGUAGCCUAACCAUAUAUUUUUAGGCAGGCAUUGGGGACAAUGAAUGGGUAAAAGAACUACCGUCCUAAGUCCUGCUUUGUGUAACUACCGGUAAUUAUACUUCCAGUUUGCUUAGAGCUAGCGUAGCAUGAAUGACAUAACUUUAGAAAGUGGAAAUUCCAAGUUCCUAGAAAUGUGGUCUGAAGAAAGUAGAUCUCACUGCUUUGCUAGCCUGAUAAAAAAAAUUGAGCUUUUUAAAGCCAUAAACUGGAAGUCGACCUUGACUGUUAAGGCCAGUAGGGGUGCAGCUAAUCACACAGCAGACCUGUAGCCUGAUCCUUUGCAGGUUCACUAUGAUUCAUACAAAGGCUGAACUAAAUGUUUACUAGAGGGGAAACACGAUGGAACUUCUGAGUAAACAUGUGUAAAGUUGUGCUCUAAAUUCUUGGACAGUUAACUCCUCUAUGAUAGUAUGGGUGUGUCUGCAGGCUUAAGCUUGCCUAAAUCUUGUGUUGGAUUGUGGUCUUUAGGUACUGGUGAUGAUAAACAUUUAAGCUGGCAGUGUGUGUGCGUGUUUCUCUGCUUUAAAGUUUUUUAAAAAUAUUUCUGUUUGAUGUUUCUCUUUAGGUAAGCAUAGAAAGCAUCCUGGAGGACGUGGUAAUGCUGGAGGCUUGCACCACCACAGAAUAAACUUUGAUAAAUAGUAAGCUAGCCCUUUUUUCUUUAUUUCCCUUCAUUUCUUCCCUCAUCAACACCCCCCCCCCCAAAAAAAAAACUGGCACCAAAAAAUAACUACCUAUGUAGAUUCAGCAGUUAAGAAAUACCGUUUUCAAAUACUGAACUGUAUUUAAGGAAAGUAUACAUGCAUUUUAUUGCAACAGCUGUGGAAAGCUUGAACUUUCAUCACUUGUGGCUUCUCAGAGCUCUAUGGAAGCCAGUAAGUACAAGUCUAUGUAAAGUAUAUUUAGUAUCUGCUUUCCUAAUGAAUUUUAUUUCACAUAGUUUUGGGGAAUACAGUGGGAUCCCCCCAGCCUUUCAGAGCAAAUUCUUUUGGUGGAGUAGGCUGCAAGGGGAGAAGAAGGACCCCCCCCACACACACACACAAUUUGCACAAUCAGAAGUGUGCUGCAGGAGGCCAAUACGAUAGGAUGGUCCCCCUUGUUUUGUUUAGUAAAUAUUAGCAAAAUACGCUAAAUAGGACCUCAAGUCAAUAUGGGGCAUUAGAAAAAUUUCCAAAGAAGUUACAAUGAUAGUUUUCAAAUGUAGGAAGCUGCCCUAUACAGAAUCAGACCAUUGGUCUAUCUAGAUGAGUACCAUUGACUGACUGGCAGUGGCUCUCCAAGGUUGCAGGCAGGAGUCUCCUCUAGUGUUACCUGGAGAUGUCAGGGAUUGAAUUUAGGACCUUCUGUGUCCAAAUCAGAUGGUCUACCACAGAGCUACCUAUGGCCCUUCCAGAAAAUGGAAGUGCUAGCCCACUUUUUAUUACAGUGGUACCUUGGUUGUUGAACUUAAUCCGUUUGAUUCCUGAAACGAUCCGAAAAUCAAGGCACAGCUUCUGAUCGGCUGCAGGAGCUUCCUGCACUCAAGCGGAAGCUGCGUCGGAUGUUCGGCUUCCGAAAAACAUUUGCUAACCAAAACAUUUCUAGGUUUGCGGCAUUCAGGAGCUGAUUUGUUUGACAACUAGACUGUUCAGGAACCAAGGUACCACUGCAUUUGGACUUCAGGUGCACCUAGUAUCAUAAAACAAACUGGCUCAACACACUAGUUUUUAAAAUAAAUUCUUUUUUAGCCUCUAGAUUCUGGUUUAUUUCAAAUGUACGUAGACAUGUAGAAUAGCAAUAAUCUUAUCUGUUCCAGUCCAUGAUAUACUGUCAUACACAAUCUUUUUCCUGCUUUUAUCUGUUUCCCUGAGAAUUUGGCAAGACAGUGAAGUUGCAUAUUUACAAAUAACUGAGACUAGAGUCACAUCUAGAUAUUUUCAGUUAUCAUGGUGUGCUAUAGUGCUCAGAGAGUAACAACUGACUUUUAUUCACUGACUGUGCUCCGCAUAGUACAGUCAGCCAUCAGGUUAGUAACAGGGCUGUUCCUCAGAGUAAGAGAUGUGUGUCAGCAGGAGGGUGCAGACAACAAUGUCUCAUGUAGAGCUUUCUCCUUUCUCAAUAUUUGCCUCAUCUUUGUACCCUGUAUUAAGAAAGAAGCUUACUUAAAAGCACUCUGAGCUCAUGGCUGACCUCAGAUUUGAAUUAAGAAUGUCUGCAUUACACCUUUUGCUCUUAACCUGUGCCAGAUAUUUUUGUCGGUAAACCUAGACAUGGUCAUCCAAUAAACCUUGGUAUUGUUGCUUAUGCAUUUAAAAAUGCAUCAUGCAGUGAUUUUUCAGUUUGUGAUUUUUCUUUCUAGCCAUCCUGGUUAUUUUGGAAAGGUUGGUAUGAGACAUUACCACUUGAAGAAAAACCAGCACUUCUGUCCCACAGUCAACCUGGAUAAACUGUGGACACUUGUUAGUGAGCAGACAAGGCUCAAGUAUUCCAAAAAUUCGGCUGGAUUAUCACCUGUAAUUGAUGUUGUGCGCUCAGUAAGUGUCAAAAACUUUUGAAUGAAUUUUUUAUAGUGAUGCAGCUCUUCCCAAAUAUUGCUUUUAUAUUUGCUUCCUAUCAUGUAAAAACCAAGGAAGGUCUGCAUAAUUUGACUACAGUAGGCCUGCCCAGACCAAAUGGGAGUUUGCCAGCCUCUUAGUUUUGCUACCUGUUGGCUGCAUCUGGCUUGAUGGGGCAUAGAUGGUGGAGACCAAGCUAUAGGCCAGGCUUGCACAGUCUGUAGAGUGGGCAUUUGUAAAUAAUAAUAAUAAUAAUAAUAAUAAUAAAUUUAUUAUUUAUACCCCGCCCGUCUGUCUGAGUUUCCCCAGCCACUCUGGGCGGCUUCCAAUCAAGUGUUAAAAACAAUACGGAAAGUGAUUGCAUUACUUAAAUUUAUUGUAGGUUUUACAGUUUGUUGGUUUUUUCAGAAAGAGCUAAACCAUCAGCCUGUGUUUGGAUGAAUGUCAUACCAAACCAUGGUGUUAUGUAGUGUAGGGGCAAAAUGACCAAGGAACGACAGUCUCCACUUCGGGAGCCUGCUUGUUUGCAAUAAGCCAUGGCUUGUGUCAGCAUUAUGAGUGAAAUAGACGUAUGUUGCAUAUUGUAAAAAUGCAGUUGUAGGAUACUGGUAACCCCAUAACCCUGGAGUUUGAACAGCUAAUUUUCCAAUUAACAAGACAAAGGCAGUGCCCAUUCAAUAGACUUGGCUCUUUCUAUUACUCAUAUACUGAAAAUAUGGUGAGACUUCAUUGUAUGUCUGUAGACACUGUAUUGUAUAUACAAAAGGGGAGGUGGUAAAAAGAUGGAACAUUUGUCUUUCUGUCUCUUUACAUUAACUACACACUUUCAAACAACUAUCUCAAUAUUUCAGUGAAACAUGAUAUGGUGAAAGCUUAUUUUUUUUACUUUAAUUGCCCCAUAUUACCCAAAUGUUCUGUCGGCUGGAAUGCACAGCUAAAGAAUGCUGAGACUCAUGAUGAUGGGCAUAGUGAAUAUCAUGAAGUAGCAAGCACACUUUAAAUUGCACAUGUUCCAUUAUACUGUCAAGUUGCUAUUUUCUGUUUCCUCCCUUGUAGUCUCUAGUUCUACAGCUUCCCUCCUAGCCACAGUUUGUUUACUUGCAAUAUUUCACAAAGUGUACAUAAUCUUUUAGUUUUAUUGGAACUGAUCAGUGAUGGUUGAAAAAAAAAUUGGUACCUUCUGGGUUUGCUGAUGAUUCUCCUAUCUGUUUAUGUUUUUAGGGUUAUUAUAAAGUCCUGGGCAAGGGGAAACUGCCCAAACAGCCUGUAAUUGUGAAAGCAAAGUUCUUCAGCAGAAAAGCAGAAGAAAAAAUAAAAGCAGUUGGUGGAGCUUGUGUGCUAGUAGCAUAAGGACUUCUCUAUGUACUCAGAGUUAAAUAAACAUCAUUUCAGCUACCUUGUAUUCUCAUUUUAAUAAGCUGUUGAGAAACACUGCUAAUUCUAGUGCCUGCUGGCUUGUUUACAGGAGACAAAACCUUUUCUAAUGUACCAUAUUUACUUGAAUGUAUUGCACACCUUUUUGGGCCAAAUUACGUCACAAAAAUUAGGGUGUGCUUUAGAUUUGAUGGUGCCAGCAAAUACUUUUUGGGUUUCAAGGUUUUGAAAAUUGAGGUGUGCAUUAGAUUCGCAUAAAUGCAGCAUCUCCUGGCAUUCUUUUCUUUCAGCACAAGCAUAAUAAAAGGACAGAAGGCUCAACAAAUGUUGUCGACUAACCAUUGUACAUUAUGCAUCACGGCAAGAUGCACAGUUGUCAUUUAAGAAUAAACGGGGCAAAUUUCACAUCCAGUCAUGAUUGUUGUGCUACAAUUAACAAGCAGAGCUGAAUUGACUUUUAUUGUCACUCUGAAAAAAUACCAACAUCCAUAACUGUAGUCUUCACUUGGAAUUAUGGUAAUGUUUUAAUAAGCACAAGAUUUCAUGAAGAUAGAAAGGCAUUUGCAGAG